AUGAAAUUUACAGACAAAACCCCAAACGUGACAAAAUGGACGCUGAACCCCAACCCUACUCGGGUGCGCGAUAAUCAACGUCGUCAUCGCGCGCGUGUCAAAGCCCGAAUGGAGUCUCUCGAGGCUCAGUUGAACGCGACGCAGCAAGAGUUGCGAGCCGCACGGGCGCGCAUCCAUGAGCUCGAAGCUUUUAUUACUGCGACCCGACCCUUGUUCGUCUCUGAGCAAGGCGAGCUUCCAGUCGGGCUUGGGGCAUCCACUCGUGGCAGUGAUGGACCGACAUUCACAACCCUCGAUGAGCGUUCCAAACAACAGGAUCUGGAUAAAAAUUCAGUCGCGCCGGUUUUUGAGAUACCGGUCGCCGAUGUACUCGCGUCUACUAUGUUUUCUACGGUUCAGCAUUACGAUAAGGACGAUCAACUACCCCCAGUCGCGGCUGGCGAAUCGACAACACUCUGUCGCAUGGCGUAUGAAAUCAUUGAACAGCACAAUAUGACUGGCGUCGAGCCAUAUGAGAUAGAGAAUUGCCUCCGAUCGGGCUUUAGGCGUGCGACAAGAAUGGGAGAAGGAUGCAGGGUUGAGACCACGAUUCUUUACGCGUUGAUUGAUCGCAUCAACCCUGUCUGA